UCGUUGAUCCGAGAGAAUCUACUACAUACAUUGGUCGAAGAAAAUCCUGUUACACAAAGCAAAACACACGAGGAGGGAAAUGUUGAUAGCCUUGAUGACGAGUCAGAGGAAGAUGAAGAGAACGCAUCGCAAACACAUUCUUCAGUUGUAGAAACUGAUUUCAAAUUUUCUGACUUCAUCCACAGAUUUGCCAAUGUAAAAAUCGUGAGAGCAAUGUUGGUUCUGCUGCAGCAAUUUGACAAAAAUACAAACGAAGUGAAUCAUUACAUUACCAAGAUGCUUCAUCGAAUAGCCUGGGAUUGCAAAAUGCCAGGGCUCAUAUUCCAAGCGUCAAUUUUCCGUGUUUUCCAGAGAAUUCUUGAGUCUAAGUAUGGCGGCCACAAGGAACUCCAAAAGUUCGCAGUCUUCAUAAUCCGACGUUUCAUCGAAGUCGCGCAAAAGAACCGGAAAGCGUAUAUGGAACUGCUCUUCUGGAAGACCACUCGUGACGCGACCGAGGUCGUCGAGGGUUACAACGCGGAAACGGAUAACAAGAAAGUUCCGCGCAGCCUCUGGACCGAAACCCAGGAGGACGAGUUACGCACUCUCUUUAUGGAACAUCAGACUAACAAGUAUCCCCAAGAUGUCGUCGAUUGGAUCUUAGAGCACAUUAAUCAAGAGCGAACUCGUCGUGGUAUCAUGAAGAAGCUGAAAGAAAUGUGCCUGAUUGUUAAUUCUAAGACUAUACGAAACGAGGUACAGAAGAGACUUCCAAAGGUAUGGUCCGAGGACGAGAUCAGUCAGCUUACGGAACUUUGGGAACAACUGAAGCAGGACGAUGAUCCCGUGGAUUUGAUCUUCAAUGGGCUCACAAUAAAGCGGCCGAAGCCAAAGAUCAAGGAGAAGCUUUUGGAAUUAGGAUUGGCCACGGAUCGCAAGGAGUUGCGCAAAAAGCGAUCCAGAAAAAGCAACCACGGUAAAUCGUCGUGGGAAACGCAGUCUGCCAGUAAUUCCGACGAGGAUGAAAGUAGCGACGAAGAAGCUGGGAAAUCCUCGAGCAAUAGGAACGUGGCUCCCAAUACACCAACGAACAAGGGAAAGAAGAAAAAUGCGAAAAAACAGCCAACGAUGGUUUACACGGAUGCACAAUUAUCCGGACUCUUGAAGGAUGUCAUCGAAAAAAAUAUGAGCGACGCUCUAGAAUGGAUCAAGGAAUCCCUACUAGAUGUCCUGGACGAUCGAGACGAGGAAAGCUGCGAAGGUAUCCCCUUAGUUCCGCUGACAGAUUAUUCGUCUGCUGCGAUGGAUUCACCGAGCUUCCAGAAGCUUAUUCGAGCUAUGGGAUUCGCACCUCCUGCUGAUGAACAAGAAUCUUAUUGGCGCAUACCAUCUAAUAUGCCUAGAUCGAUGAUUCAGAAGCGCUGUAAUCUUAUCGAGUCUUCGUUGGCAGGAAACUUCAUUGCCGAAGAAGCAACAUCGGCGAAGGUGGAAUCUGAUAACGAUAGAAACAGUGAAAGCGAUGAUGAAGACGUUUUAGAAAAUAUUAAAAAAUAUUUCACCUCUAAAGCUGAGCCACAACCAUCAACUUCCCGCGAUUCUGAUAUAGAAACUAACGUUCAUUCUAUGCCGAAGCCAUUGAAAAAGACCACAAUUCUCUCAUCACCGACUGAAUGUGAUGAUGUAGAAAUAGAGGAAGCAAAAGCAAAUGACUCGCAGCCAGUCGAAAAAUCAAAAUCUGGAAAGAGAAAGUUUGAUGGACGUAUUAUUGCAUUCGAUGAUUCGUCUGACUCUGAAUUGGAAAUAAAGACCAAUGCUGAUGAUGCUGAAGUGGCUGAAGUAGGUGACGGGAAAAGACCUCGAUCCGAUGACGAGAAAAAUGAUAGCGUGAAAAAACGUCGUCUGCUGGAUAGUGACGAGGAAGAGGAGCCACUAACGUCUCAAGCUACCAGGCAGAAAAGCAUUAAAACGAUAAUUAGUGACGACGAGGAAGAACCAGCGCAAAACCAACGUAAUCAACACAGGUCAACUCAUAGAAUAAUUAGCGACGAUGAAGAUUAAUCGAAGAGAAGACUCUCGUACCUUUCAAUAUUUCUAUUUCACUCUUUGCUAUGUGUUUUUAUAAUUUGUGAAAAUAAAGGCAACCUACCCUCCACCAUAA